AAAGAAAAUAGCCAAAAGAGGUUAAUAGUUUAUGAGUCAAUCAUGACUUAUUAGUUAUUAUUAAUUUUAACUGAAAUAAAAAUUCCUUAUUGCGUACCUCCUUUUACUAUUAGUUACUACUUUUCAACCUAUUUGUCAUAAUUUUAUUCGUCUGUCAUUUUGUAAUUUAUAUAGAGUAUCGUAGAACUUAUAAAUUUCUUCAACAAUUCAAGUUAUGGCAAGCUAUUUUGAUGAACUUCACGUUGAAGAAGAUGAAAUGCCUACUGUUCGUAUAGAACGGCUAACGAGAGAAACGUUUAGAAUGCUUUUUGAUCACGAUCCAGCGCGAUAUGGUGAUAUGAUCAAUUUUCAAAACACACCUCCUGCAUCUAAAUCAGAAAUAGAAAAACUUAGUGCACCUUCAUUUGAGGAACUAAUAGAUGAACAAUGUCGAAUCUGUUUAUGUCAAUAUGAAUUGAAUGAUAAAGCACUAAAUAUGCCAUGUAGUCAUAUAUUUCAUGAAAACUGUUUAAAAACAUGGCUGGAAAAAAGUAAUUUUUGUCCACUUUGUAAGUUUGAAUUAAAGACUGAUAAUGAAAUCUAUGAAUUGUAUAAGCAAGAGUUAAAAAAUCGCCAAUCAAGAGAAGAUAACAUUGCCCAACUUCAUGAAUCUAUGUUUUCAUAAAAAUUAUAAUAUACAAACAAUAAUCAUUCAUAGUGUGUAUAACAUAGGUACUUAUUUUAUAUAGUACAGUUAAUACAAACAUUUUACAUUAGUUAAGUGGUUAAAAAAUGAAAUUUUGUGAUUUUAAUAGGAACAUUCAAAACUAAUUUUAACAUUAAACAUUAAACUUUUCCUUAUAAUAAUCCAGAUUAUCAACUCAUAACUAUUUCUAACUUUUUUUUAGAAAAUCUCAUUUCAAAUUAAGUUUAGUUUUAAAUUUUUAUUUUUUACUAAGAACUAUAUUUUAUUCUAUAAAUUUGUUUCUAUAUUAUUAUAAUAUUAUUAUUAUUAUUAUUAAUAAAUUACUUUUUUUUUUAUUUAUUUUAAACUACCUAUUAUUUCUAGGAAGACAAAUUGCAUUCAUCAUUGUUCUCAAUAAUUUUGCUACAAAUUAUAAAUUAAAUUAAGCUAUCUAUUAUUUACUGUUUGAUUAUUUCCAUUUUAUAUUAAUAGUCUAGCAUUGGCAUACAUAAUUUUUUUUUUUGUAAAUGUAUUCAUCUGAGUAAUUAAAAAUAUUGAUAAUAAAUUAAAAUGAAGAAAAUUAUAUGAUGUAACUAUUAUAAAAGAAAAUAGUAUGUAAGUUGUAUGUAAGCUGUGAGCAAAGCUGUGCAAAUUAGUCAUUUUUUUCAACUAGUUUAAGUUAUGUUACUUUAAUAUAAAAACAAACUAAGUUAAAAUAGAAAUUGGUUUCUGAAAUUUUUCAAAUUUCUAACUUAGUUAUUUAGAAGUAAGUUUGGUGAAAAUACUAACUUAAGUAAGAAUAAAAGUUAGAAGUUAGUUUUUUUUGUUUAAAAUAUACUACAUUAUAUUUUAAAGAAAACCAGUUUUGAGUAUUGCUUAAGAUUAUACAUCUUUAAAACAAAGACAAUUUAAUUUUUAAAGUGAAGUUAAUAAAAGCUGUAUUUUAAAUUGUAUAUUGUAUCUAUAUCUUAUUUAGUAUUUCAAUACCUAUGAUUGUAUAAUAUAUUGAUAAAUGAUAAUAAAUAUUAAUAAAAGUAAUUAAGUAAAAACAUUA